AUAAAAUCAUGUAUAUUUGCUUCUCUCGACACUUGUAUGAUUUCUGUUUCAGAAGCUUCUUCAUUACCAUAGCAGAUGUUGCUUCUGAUUGAGCUACUAAACAGAAGGGGCUCUUGCUGCACCAACCCUAUCUGUCUCCUUAACUUUUUCAAGUUGUACUCUCUUAUAUUUGUCCCAUCUAUCAGUACCCUUCCUUCUCUGGGAUCAUAAAAUCUCAGCAAAAGAGCCAACACAGAAGAUUUUCCAGCUCCACUCGGCCCAACAAGAGCCACUCUUGAUCCAGCCUCAAUUUGCAGAUUGAAGUUGUCGAGUAUUGUCACUUCAGGUCUUUGUGGGUAAUUAAAUUGGACCUUUUGAAAUUCAAUGUCUCCUUUGAUCCUCUCAAGAGGUGAAUUCUCAGGUGUUUCAGGGUCAAUUUCGGUUUGUCGGUCAAGGGUUUGAAAUGCAGGAGCUAAUACACUGAUUGCAGAUACAACAGUGGGGAUUAGUGUCCACAGCUCUGUGAUUGAGGGCACUGUGAGGGAGAAAAUUUGGCAUAAUUUGGCUUUUUGGAGUAUGUACUCUUCAUGGCAAAAAGAAGCAAUGGUUUUUAUGUUGGUUGCGGAUUCAGAAGCGAGCGAAACAAGUUCUGAAUGCGCACCAGAACUGUCACCUGAAAAUCCUUUGGCUGACUUGGCUUGAAUCAGGCCGCCAAUGAAGUGGCAAGGCAUCACAGCCCAAGCUACCAGAGCCAUUCUCCAGUUCACGAUCAAGCUAACAGUUGUUGCAAUCAGUAUGGAGGAGAUACACUGGACAAUAACGGACAUACGAUCUGAGAUUAUGGUCUUGACAGUGGAGGUGUCGUUGAUGAUCCUUGAGGUCAGUGAGCCAACCUUGUUCUCAGGCUUCUCAAACCAUGCUAAUUCAUUUCGUAGCACAGCUGACAGACAUAAUUGCUAUGAGAGUAGGAUUGAAUGUUCAUAGUUCCAAUGAAUGCUCUUGCAUAUGCCAGAAAAUUUAAUGAUUAGAGCGAUUAAGAUGGAAUGUGUUUGAGUAAAGUACCUGAAUAUAGAGCACGUCUAAGGUUCGUCAUCGCCUUUUCUCCAACCACUCCAAAGUAGUAAUGCUGCAAAGUGUGGCUGAAUAAUGAAAGGAAUCCUAUUGAAGCAAAGAACAUUGAAUACCAUCCAACUUUCCG